UUCAAGUCAUUCCAUUUUCUCAGGACUUUCGUCAUGUUUACGUCGGUGUAAACAGUUUAACGCACGCUAAUGUCCACCAUGGUACAUCAUUUGACAUUUUAAUGGCCGUCCGAAGCAUUUAUUGAAGUUAUCCUGGACAUUAAUGAAACAAUAGCGUCAUUUAGAGACACAAAUUAAAAGCCUGACGUUACAGCGACGCCAGUCAAUUUUCCGAGCGUCCUUUAUUGACCCUUAGGAGACAAGUGGAUAAUAGGUAAAUACUGACGGCGGUAAACAGGCGGAGCAGGUGCGUGCGGAGCUUCUUAAUGUCUCCGACGUCGCUCCGUCAGCCUCUAUGUAUGGCUGAGUGUCGCCACGGCUUGCCGUGCUUGCAAAGGCGUUAGCCUGGCUGAGGCGAUGCGUGGGUCAGCUGGUGGCUCUUGGAGGUGAACAGUUGGUUUAGUAACCCGGGUUAACUCGGUACCCUCCGCUGCCACGCCUCCACGGAGACAGCGGCCGACCUUGAGGACUCCGUCAUGGACCUGACGCGACUGGCUGUGGAUGCUGGCCAGUUCAUUAACCGAGCUGUUCAGUACACCGGAGAGAGUCUCGGCCAGGGGGAUAAGACCGAGCUGGACCCCGGGCUGGAGGAACUCCUGGCUCAGGCGGACGCCACCAAGACCUGGACGGACUCGAUCAUUUCUCAAACCGAGGUGCUACUGCAACCUAGUCUAGGAGCUCGAUUAGAGGACCGCCUGUACGAGCAUCUGGAGUGGAGCGCCCCGCCUCGACCCCGCGCUCAUGAGUUACUGGGGGAUCAAAUGACCCAGGCUGGGCUGGAGAUCGGAUCGAACACACCCUACGGAACGGCUCUGAUAAGGUGCGGCGAGGCCCAGAAGCAGCUGGGAGAAGCCGAGAGGAAGUUUGCAGAGUGCACAAACAUUCACUUUCUCACCCCGCUGAAGAGUUUCACAGAGGGUGAAUACAGAGCCAUCCAGAAUGAGCGUAAGAUGUUGGUGAACAAGCGUUUGGACUUGGAUAUAGCCAAGACCAGGCUGAGGAAAGCCCAUGAAGCAGACAGAGAGGCCAGGGACCUGAAUGCGAACCCGUUAGAUGAUGACUACCUGUCUCAUGUCUCCUACAUGUUCAGCUUCCUGCGUGUCAAAUGGCUUAAGAUAUGGGCUCAGGAAAUCUCUCAGGCGGAGAUGGAGCUGAGGAUCUGCCAGAGUCUUUUCGAUCGGCAGUCAGAAGUCACAAGACAGGCUCUUGAAGGAAUCAGCGACACUCACAUCAACCACAUGCGGAGCCUUACGGACUUUGUGGAUGGUCAGGCGUCAUUUUUCGCCCAGGGCAACCAACACGCUCAGGAACUGCAAAGACAGAUGUCCAGGAUUCCAGCUGUCUUUUGCUCUAAUAACUGGCAGUCAGCAGUUAAUAACGAGCCACUAAUCAGCAGCCAUGUCGCCGAUGAGCCCGUCGGGUUGGAUCAGGUCGCUGUGGUUCCCAAAGUAGCUGGCCAGCUGCCAGACUUUGACCAGGACUCGUGGACUCUUGCUAUCAAUCCUAAAACUGAAACAGAUCUCUCUUCAUCUGAUCACACAAACAACAACAACAACAACAACAGCGCCAUCAGUACUCCCGGUCAACCAAGCGGUCACCAACCAGCUGUUAAAAAUCAAUUAUUUACAGACCAAACAUUUGACCUAGUAUUUACAUCCAGCCAGUCAGAUGAGCUUCCUUCACCCAGCAGGACAAAUCAGGGAACAAACAGUUUGCCUUCUGCUGUGAGAGACUCUACCUGGACUUUCAAUGCAACUUUUACCAACGGUGCCGCUAGUUUCACAACAGCAGUCGCCUCGCCUCCUCCUCAAGGAAGUACAAUCCAAAAUGAGACUCAGACGGGAGACCAAGUAGCUACCGACGUCACAGCAUCCACUGAUGUGGUUCCUGAUUCCCAAAUAGCCAAUGAAACUCAUGAGCAGCCAGCCGCCAAUGGAAAAGAUGUCUCGUUGGGGUUGUGACCAUUUAGAGCACUUCACAGUUGGUACUCACAAUAUCUGGAGCUACUGUUCUAUGUAGAGGACUCAAACAUUAGUUGUGCCAAGCUGGGUUAAUUAUCCUUAUGGAAUUGUAAAAGUGCUGGUUUUAGAGGGCUCAUGUCAUCAUUUGUACAACUUUUUUUCUUCUCAGUUGUGUUUUGGAUAGUUGUAUUCAUUUCAGCGUCAAAGACAACGAGCACAAAGCAGCUGGAUUUUCCAGAGGGUGAUGAUGUUGCAGAGGGAACACAUAAUUGACACAUGCGCCACCCAAGAAGAUCAGAGUGACACCAAAGUCUUCAGCCAGAAUGCCAGUUCAUAAAGCAAAGAUUUAUAUCUGGAGUUGUCCAGUGAGGAGAUGGUAGUCAGCAGAAAUACUGUCGGAGAGUAUUAGCUUGAAGACCUAACUGACUGGCUCCUUACUCCAAGAUUUAAAAGUGCUCUGCAGCAAGCAUAUACAUUUCUGCUCCAGCUUUGACCAACAUUGUCACUAUGAUCCAAAUGGGUGUCUGCAAUUACAAAUUUCACGACUGUGUCGACAGCUAUAAAGUGGUUGCGUAAAAAAUUAGAGGUAAUAAAUGAAAUUAGCUGAGGAUCUCAGUUUUCUACACAUAAUUAGCCUCUGUUUUAAAGGGGGGCUUCCCAUCUGUAAUAGAACUAAAAUUAUGUUAGUCUGCCGGCAGCUCGUCACAACAUGGGUGGUCAUAAAAAAGUCACUUUAAUCCAAUACCACAAAUGGUGGCUGAAGGGGAUGUUAAAAAUUCUCAUACAGAAUCUGUCAUUCAUUUGGCUCAGACACUGAGAAAAGUUGCUGCGCCAAAUAAUUUUUGUGGAGAACAUAGAGGGAAUUUAAUAAGAUUGGAGACAUCAGCGAACAUUUCAUACUUUCCUCAGUGGUAACAUCUGAGGUAAAACAACUCUUUACCAGAGAUAGUAAAACCUUAAAACCUUACACCGGUCCAGAUUUAUUAUGCAAUUAUAAGUGUAUAACCAUUUCAGACACGUGUGAUUUCAUAGGCUUUUGUUGUAUCCAAAAAUAUAAGUUUUUAAUUAUCCAUUUUGGCGAGCAAUAGAAAAACUGAUGAUCACUUUCAUAUAUUUAACAAUGUUAAGAUUUUGAGCUUUUCUUGCUCUGAGUUGACGAUGCUAUUUGCCCUUUAGCCUUGACUUAGUGCCAGAAUAAAUGAAUUUAAAUGUAGCCAUAUAUAAUAGAUGUUUCAUAUUUAAGAGACAAAAAAACUGGGUUGUCUGUUAUAGAUGUUCAGUGUAAAAUGGAAACUAAGUCUGUAUUUUCACAAUCACCAAACGUAUCAAGUGUUGUGCCAAUUGUACAUGUGUGUAAAUGUCGUUGUAGAGAUUGUAUCACUUUAUGUCUCUUCUUUACUCGUGUUUCUCUGAGUUGAGAUAGAAAGGCUCGCUUGUGUUCAUGUGUUGUAGAGCCCAAGAGGUGAAAACACUCCACCCUCAAGUGAAUCUUUAUGUUUCUUUACACGCAAAGAAACAUAUAUGUUGCCCAGUCAUUUCUUUUCACCAGUUUAAUUUUCUUAAAGCCUCUUUUAUUGUGAAAUGGAUAAAAGUUUCCAUAUCCA